CCGUUAUCAUGCGCCGAUUUGUUUUCAUUUCGGUUUACCUUAUCUUAAAUGGCUAAACCAUUUUAGUUGAAUCGUGAAGUAACAAAUCAAAAUAAAGGAAAAACGAAGAGAAACAAAACUGUCAGAAAAAUGUCUUGACCUGCACAUCAAAACAAAAGAACUUAGAAUUUUAAUUUGUUUUUGUUUAAGUCUGUUUGGCUAUUUAAACAAAACAAGAAAAUUUUGUUUUAUAAAAAUCCUUACUUCCGCUUAUAUGGAACUAUUAAGUUGUUUUUCGUCGUCGUCGUCGUCAGUCAGAUCCUCAUCAACAUAUUUAUGAAAAUAAAUGAACUUUUAUUCAUUCAAUUAAAUACAUUUUUUUUAACAAAGUAUUUUUAAAAAAGUGUAUGUAUAUAGUGAUAAAAAGAAAUAAAUUAAACAUUUUGUCAUGAAUGGAAAAAUGGGUUUAAGAGAUGAUGUUCAGAAAUUAACAUCGAUGCCAUCAUUAAACGAUGGUACAGAAACAAAAUUUGUGCCUUUAUCUGAUCGAGGACGUGGAGAAAAAGAUCGUGACAUGAAUAAACGACAUGCACGUGUAAAAAAUGGAAAUCGAUCUUUUUAUGAAGAAGAAGAAGAAGAAGAAAAUGUUGACGACGAUAAUCAAGCAAUUGGUGAAGAUUUUGCCUACAAUAUAAGAUCUAGCCUAAGAGCAAUGAAUGUUCGUGGUAACGAUCAUAUAGAACAAUAUAUUAAAAAGAGGCAAGAAUUAAAAGAAAAACAACUUGAAAUUGAAAAACAACAAGUUAAAUCAGAAUCUCAAGAAACUGACGAUUCAACUGUAUCAAGAUUAUGGAAAAACGGCGUCAUUCGAGGUUUAGUAAAAAAGAAUAUUAUAUCAAAAUCGGACCUUGUCAAUAAUACUACAACGAAUGUUGAAGAAAAAAUUCCAGAGGAAGAUAAAAAAAAAGAUCAUUCUUCCAAUGUACUGCUCGUUGAAGAUCCAAAUGAUCCUGAUUUAUUAUUACAUCCACUUUUGGCACAUGGUAAAAUAGAAUAUGAAGAAGAAUUUAUUUUAGAGCGCGUUGGAAAAAAAACAACAAUAACACCACGAACAUAUUAUCAAAGUUUAGGUGAUAAAGAUUUUGAAUUUCAAAAGAAAAAGAAGUAAAUCAAUUUUUAUUAGUAUUAUAUUUAAAUUAUAAAUAUAAUCUUUAUAUAAUAUAUAAAAAUUAAUUUAUAAAGAAAACAUUACUUCGCAAAUAUUGGGCAACAUUGUAUAUUUUUAUAGAUAUAUAAUUAAAAAAAAUAUUUUGUAUAUUAUAGGUUUUAUACAUCAUGGAGAAAAAUUGAUAUUUAAAUAUAAUAUUUAGAUAUUUAUAAUGAAUAUCUUAGAUUAAUUAAUUAAAUCAUAGAAAAAUAUUCAAAUUCAUUAUAAUUAUUUUAAAUAUCCAUUUUUCUGAAGAAUAUAUAUAUUUUACUCAAUAAAAAGGAGAGAAAUUGUAAAAAAAAAAACAAUUAGAAACUUUGAAAAUUAAAAAAACGAAUAUUUAAGGAAGAAUCAGAUAAAGCAUCGGAACAAAAUUUAGUCCAACUGUGUAUUUUGUAUUUUUAAAGAAAAAUAUGAUUUAAAUUUUUAAAAAAGCUUCGG